GUACUUCAGAAGUUCAGAGUUCAGACAGUCUCCUCUGCAGUUUCGCGGGGUACCCCAUUUCAAGUGUACAAAGCUUCAAAGCUUUAAACCUGCAUUUUCUUCUCCUCCUCCCGCAUGCAAGCAUCAGGCAUGGCUACUUUCCGCUUACUUCUCUCUCAAUCUCACCAUCUCAAUAGGUUCCAUUCUCUCUCUCCUCCAAUAAACUGCAUCGUAUUCCACAAUCGUCUUCCCCAAAACCCUCAAUUUUCCCGCCAUUUUAAACCUCCAUUGAAUUCUCGAUUAAUUCACUCUGUUAACCAUCUCUUGUCCACUGAAUCUCCUCUUAUGGUCGACAAUAGUCAAAGCGAAGGGACCUCAUCAAAUUCCCCAGCUUCUGAACCCAUUCCUGAACAAACCCCUAGGGUUUGGUCCAUGUUCGGUUCUGACUUAAUUAGCCCUAGAAAGGAUGAUUCUGAAGGAAAAACGGUUGUAAAUCGGGUGGAUUCGGAAGAUGUUCUCGAAGGAGAAACGGUUGAGAAUCGAGUGGAUUCGAAGGAUGAUUCUGAAGGAGAAACGGUUGAGAAUCGAGUGAAUUCGGUACGCAAUUACCCGAACAGUGCGUUUACAGGUGGUUUUGGGGGGAAAGGGAAGAAGGGGAAGAGUAAGGAGCAUUGGGUGUGUAGUGAAUGUGGGCAUAGUGAAUUGAAGUGGUGGGGGUCCUGUAAUGCUUGUAAGAAAUUUGGGACUUUGAAGCGGUUCUUAGUGACAGAAAAUGCGGAGGGGGGAAAGGUUAGUGGGUUCAAGGUUUCUGAGAAUGCGACGAGGUCUUGGUUGCCUGAGCAGAAGAAGGGGCAAGGUGGUCCACUGAGGUUGUCGGAUGUGAAUCUUGGUGUUGAUCCUUCCGAGUGGAGAAUUCGAUUGUAUGGUACAUUCGGAAGUGAAGUUGCUAGAGUGCUUGGUGGCGGUAUUGUCCCAGGUUCAUUGAUUCUGGUCGGUGGUGAUCCUGGCGUUGGCAAAAGCACCCUGGUAUUGCAGAUUGCUGACUUAAUAGCAGAAAGUCCUGAUAUUCCUGAAAGCGCUCCAGUGAUUUACAUAUCCGGUGAAGAGAGUGUUGAGCAAAUAGGAAACAGAGCUGAUCGGCUGAGCAUUAAAGCAAAGGACUUGUUCCUGUAUUCAAGCACAGAUAUUGAGGAUAUUUUAAAGAAGGUGCAACCUCUUUCCCCACGGGCUGUGAUCAUUGAUUCCAUUCAGACUGUAUAUUUACAAGGAGUGUCAGGAAGUCCUGGAGGAAUGUCGCAGGUGAAGGAAUGCACGGCUGCAUUGCUUCAAUUUUCAAAGAAGACAGGCAUCCCUGUUCUACUGAUUGGGCAUGUGAACAAGAUUGGAGAAAUUGCAGGUCCUCGUGUUCUGGAGCACAUUGUAGAUGUCGUCUUAUAUAUGGAGGGGGAAAAGCAUUCAUGCUAUCGUUUACUUCGUUCUGUGAAAAACCGAUUUGGGUCUACCGAUGAGCUGGGAGUAUUUGAAAUGGCAGAACCAGGGUUGCGAGCUGUUUCAAAUCCUAGUGAAAUGUUCUUGAGUGAGGAGCAUUCGGACUCAGAGCAUUUAGCUGGACUCGCUGUUGCUGUAAUCAUUGAUGGCUCUCGAACUUUUGUUAUUGAAGUUCAGGCUUUAUGUGUAGCAGACUCUUCUGGCAUGCAUCUUAAUGGGGUUCAGGCAAGCAGAGCUGAUAUGAUUAUUUCGGUUCUUAAGAAGCAAGCGGGACUGAAGCUGAAAGACCAUUGUGUUUAUGUUAAUGUUGUUAGUGGAUUAUCUCUCACCGAAACUUCAGGAGACCUUGCUGUGGCAGCGGCAAUUUGCAGCAGUAUUUUGGAGAUUCCUAUUCCAAAUAAUGUAGCAUUUAUUGGAGAAAUUGGCCUUGGUGGUGAACUUCGAAUGGUUCCUAGAAUAGAGAAAAGGGUUACUACUUUGGCAAAACUUGGAUAUAAAACAUGCAUUGUUCCGAAGUCGGCUGAAAAAGCCCUAGCAGCUCUCAGCUUUGAAGGGUUACAAGUAGUGGGAUGUAAGAACCUGAAAGAAGUCAUUGAUAAAGUCUUCAGUGAUUGCCCUUCUUAAUUUCCCCCUUUUUUGUGCUAUCUUAUAAGCAUGUGUAACGUUGUUUAUGUUGUGUUAUGUUAUGUAAGAAUGUGACUAAUGUAAAUAUGAUGUAGAUAUGUAGACGCGUGCAUGUAUUUGCAAUUUUGUAUCUAUUUAAGGGCUAAGCCACUGGAAAGAGGUACGUGUAUUUGCCAAGCGCAUUCUUGUAA